GAGGAGCCUCUGAGCCAAUCACGGCCGCCCGGGGGCGGGUCGUAAACGUGCGGACUGUUGUGGAUGUGGGAAAAUGGACAAUUUAACGCGCACGUUCGUCACCAUUCACUACACACACGGGCGACGACGAGGAGGAGGGCGAGGAGGAUGAGGCGCCGCGCUCGCACUGUUGGAUUGACCCGCAAAUGUCCGGCCGUGGUGUGAAGAGGAAACGCAGCAGAAGAGGAGCGUGGAGACACCGACACCCGGAGGGGCCCUGCAGACAGCAGUCACGUCAGGCACCAUGAGGCAGCGCGCUUGGCCUGAGAGAGCGGAGAAAUCGCCCUUCAUCACUCCCAACCAGGCUGAGCAGCGGAAGAAAUGCACACAGCAGCAGAAGCAGCAGCAGCAGCAGCAGCAGCGAGAGCAGAAGCAGCAGCAGCAGCAGCAGCAGCAGCAGAGACGGCCUGACACACACAUCUGAGAGCACAGUGGAGAGCAAAUGGGGAAGGCGCAGAGAGACUGAGAGAGUCGGAAUCUCACAUCGCGUCAUCCUGAAUGGCAGCGUGGCCCGGGCCACACUCUGAGGCAGUGAUGUCCUUGUUAACACAUUGUCCUCUGUUAGAAUCUCCUUGUUAUAAGCCACAAGUCAGUCCCACGCCCCUGUGAGGCCACAGAGCUGAGGGGCAGAGGAGAAGAGAAAAGAGACAGAGCGGAAAAAAGAGACAGUGACAGGCCCCCAUGCAGGCGCGUAAGAAGUAUGUCCUGCUGGGCUUGUGUGCGUGCUGCUGGCUGCUCCUCUUUUACUGCGGUGGAGGAGUCCAGCUGCGUAUGCUGCGCCUGCUGACGCGCCAGCGGGGCGAGGUCAUGCGGCCGUGGCCCAACUGGACAGACCGGGCCUUCUUGCCCCGCUAUGCCCACCUGGACGAACUCCAGACCGACCCGGGGACGGUGGAGUUGCCGCACCAGCGGCGGCAGGCCUGGUCCGCCAUUUACAGAGACAGCCGCUGUCGCAUGGAAACCUGCUUCGACUUCUCGCGGUGUCGCCGCAGGGGACGCGAGGGAUUCAGGGUUUAUAUUUAUCCGUCCGAGAAAAACGAUCACGUGUCGGAGAGCUACAAGAGGAUCCUGACGUCUAUAACGGAGUCGCGGUACUACACGUCCGACCCGCGCGAAGCGUGUGUGUUCGUGCUCGGGGUAGACACCUUAGAUCGGGACCAGCUAUCAGGACAGUUCAUCCCCAAUAUGGAUGAGCGUAUUCGUGGUUACCCAUUGUGGAAUGAUGGGAGGAACCACCUGAUCUUCAACCUGUACUCGGGCACGUGGCCCAACUACACAGAGGACCUGGGCUUCAACAUCGGCCAGGCCAUGUUAGCCAAAGCCAGCCUCAACACUGAGCAUUUCAGGCCGGGCUUCGACAUCUCCAUUCCGCUGUUCUCCAAGGACCACCCGCAGAAGGGUGGCGAGCGCGGCUGGCUGGUGAGGAACACCAUCCCGCCGCGGAGGAAGUACCUGCUGAUGUUCAAAGGGAAGCGCUAUCUGACAGGAAUCGGCUCCGACACCAGGAACGCGCUCCAUCACAUCCACAACGGGAAGGACAUCGUGUUGUUGACGACGUGCCGCCACGGGAAGGACUGGGAGAAGCACAAAGACUCCCGCUGUGACCACGACAACCUGGAAUAUGAGAGGUAA